AUGUUCGCACCAACAUUAUUGGUGAUUCUCUUCCUGGCCGCCUUCAGUGCAGCGGCCGACUACUACAAGAUUCUCGAUGUCCACAAGUCUGCGUCCGACCGAGAUAUUAGAGCAGCAUACAAGAGACUAAGCAAAAAAUAUCAUCCAGACAAGAACAAGGCUGCAGAUGCGGAAGAACAAUUCGUGAACAUAGCUCGAGCAUAUGAAGUCUUGUCGGACUCUACAAAACGGCAAAUAUACGACCGACAUGGAGAAGAAGGGCUAAAAGCUCAUGAAGGUGGCCAGCAUCAGCAGAACCCAUUCGACGUCUUCUCAAGCUUCUUCGGCGGUCACCAACACCAACAGGCACGACGAGGUCCAUCCUCUCUGACCGAAUUCGAAGUGUCGUUAGCGGACAUUUAUAAGGGUGCCAGUAUUGACUUUAUGAUCAAGAAACGCAUCCUGUGCGACCAUUGUCGAGGGUCUGGCGCAGCCUCGGAUGGCGAUAUACACACAUGUACUGGCUGCAAUGGCGCUGGCGUUAAACUUGUGAAGCAACAAAUCUUCCCGGGAAUGUUUGCUCAAAGCCAAGUGACAUGCAACGAAUGCCACGGACGUGGCAAGGUUAUCAAGAAGGUCUGUCCUCAUUGCGGUGGAAGUAAAGUUGUCGAUCAUACCGCGCACUAUACUUUGGAUGUCACACCCGGCAUGCCCGAGGGUCAUGAAGUCGUGUUUGAAGGCGAGGCAGACGAGAGCCCUGAUUGGGAGCCGGGCGAUGUCAUCUUACGAGUGAGAAGCAAGAAGGAGAUUGGUGGCUUUAGGAGGAAAGAGACCAGCCUGUAUUGGAAGCAGACUAUCGGGGUCGAUGAGGCAUUACUGGGCUUCGAGAGGAAUAUCACGCAUCUAGACGGCAGGAAUAUUCAGAUAAAGAGGAACGGUGUCACGCAGCCAGGCUUCGUUCAGACUAUUCAGGGAGAAGGAAUGCCAUCCUACGGAGGUCAUGCGAAGGGAGACUUGUUCGUCGAAUACAGUGUGGUUCUACCGGUAGAAAUCACACCCGAAAUGCGUCGGAAAAUCAUGGAGGCUUUCCAAACACCAUCGUCGACACACGACGAACUGUGA